ACCCCACAAUUCUAAUCGAAAAAAUUGGUCCGUUGGUAAUAGUGAAAAACUAGUAGAGAGAUAGUGAUUAGACAGAUAAUUGAAAACCCUAGAAAAAGUCCCAAUUUGAUAUUCAAGUUCAAGCUUUUCGAUUUUGAAGAAAAUCCGGAAACCCUAACCCUUAAAGAAACACCCCAAUUAAUAUUCUACUUCAGAGCUAGUAUAUUUUCUUUUGCAAUUCAAGGAAAUCUCAGAAACCCUAAUUUUUCAAAAAAAAAAAAAAAAAACAGAAGUACCAAUCGAUAUUCAAUUUCUUGGUUCUUUUUUUUUUUUUUUUUUCUAAUUCUUUUUUGUCGAUUGAAGUAGAACCCAGAAACCCUGAUCCUAAAGAAAGAGGGAAAAUGGCUACAGUUGAAGAAAACCGCAGAAAUCGUAGUCCUAGUGAAACGCCGAAAAAGAGAAGAUCAAGUAUAUCAGAUAUAUGGUUUAAAGAUCAACAAUUGAAGCAGGCAAUCUUCAAAAUGCAACAACUUCAGGAAGUUCAAAAUGAGUCUAAAGCCCUAAUAUUAGGUGGUGAUCCUUUCUCUCUCUUGUCUGAUGAAUCGCUGUAUUAUAUUCUUUCGAAAGUACCUAUUUCGCAGCAUUUUUCGAAUUCAUUGGUUUGUAAGAGGUGGUAUUCAAUUCAAGGAAGAUUAAUUCAUUCGGUUUCAGUUUUAGAUUGGGAAUUUCUUAUGUCAGGAAGAUUAAUUAAUCGUUUUCCCAAUUUGACUGAGAUUAAUCUUGUUCCAGCGUGUUUUAAGAGCUCUGGAAGUUCUGGGAUUUUGUUGUCUCAUAAAUUGGUGUCAAUAACUCUUGAUUCUGAGUUUAUUAGUGAUAGUUUGAUUGGUCAAGAAGGGAUUUUGGGGUCUAAUUUGAUUGACGAAGGGUUAAAACUGAUUUCUAAUGGUUGUCCUAAUUUGAGUAAAUUAGUUUUAGUCAAUGCUAGUGAAGAAGGGCUGGGGUUUUUGGCUGAAAAAUGUUUGAUUCUUCAAGAGUUGGAGAUACAUUGUUGUGAAGAUAUUUCAUUGAAGGCGAUUUCUGGGUUUAAAAAUUUGCAGAUACUCAAAUUGGUGGGUUGCGUAGAUGGAUUGUAUGAUUCUGUCAUAACAGAUAUUGGGUUGACCCUUGUAGCUCAGGGUUGCAAGAGGUUAGUGAAGCUUGAGCUUAAUGGGUGUGAGGGUAGUUAUGAUGGGAUUAAGGCAAUUGGACAAUGUUGUCAAAUGUUAGAAGAAUUGACCCUAUCGGGUCUUAAGAUGGAAGGUGGAUGGCUGUCAGCUCUUUCAUAUUGUAGCAAUUUGAAGACCUUGAAGCUCCAGUCUUUCGAGAAUAUAGAUACGUGCCCAGGUCCUGAUGAACAUUUAGGUUCUUGCCCAACACUCGAGGAGCUAUACUUGGAGCAGUGUCAAGUUCGGGACAAAGAGAGUACUAAGGCUCUGUUUUUGGUGUGUGAAUCUGUUAGAGAGAUAUCAUUUCUGGAUUGUUGGGGAUUUGAGGAUGAUUUAUUCCGCUUUGCAGCUAUUUGUAGGAAUGUGAAGUCCUUAUCAUUGGAAGGAUGCUCGUUGUUGACCAUUGUAGGUUUCGAUUCAGUGGUUCAUAGUUGGAAGGAUCUUCAGACACUCAAAGUGGUGUCAUGUAAUGGCAUAAAAGAUUCUGAAAUCACGCCCGAACUGGCAACUUUGUUUUCUGUUCUGAAAGAACUGAAAUGGAGGCCAGAUUCCCGAUCUCUACUAGCAUCUAGUCUUUCUGGCACAGGAGUGGGAAAGAAGGGUACUCGAUUUUUCAAGAGGAUAUGAAGUUGAAGCGGGUUUUAGGAGUCCAGGCUUCCCUUGUUGCUUUCUGAAUCGUUCAGUCCACUACUCUUUAAGGGUUGAAAGAAUGACGGGUGAUCUCACGAUGCACACAUUGAGAUGCUUCAUGGUAGACAAUGAAAUGUCAUUGGCUGUCACCAUUGUAAACAUUUGUACAUAAUUGAAGUAUAUAUACUUCUAAUGAUGACACUCCAAAUUGAAUUUGGAGUUCCAUUUUCUUCAAGUUCUAGUUCAAUCAGAACAAUUCUGUAAUGGAUUAUCUUUUUAAUGUUGUAAUGUAAUACUUCAUCAUCUCUUUCCAUCGUC